GUGUUCUGCACUCGCAGUCAUGACAAUCAGGAAUAUCCGGGUUUGGGUGCCCAUGUGCCCCAUGGUGAGCACUCAGCCCACAUAACUACUCCAUUAUUCACCCAAUCAAGGGUGUGACUUGUAACCUCCUCACUCUGAUCCCGGAAACUUCUUGUGGAGGAAACAUUGUUCACAGCUUGGCGUUCCCCUUGAGAGCUUUGCUUCCGGUUGCCGGAGUUGUGCGUGACUAUUUAGGAUGAUGUCACAUCUCCGACACCCUAUAUAUAGUGGGGCUCUGUCUGUGGGGUUUACUGAGGGAGCAGAGCACCAAGAGCCCAGUGCAGACCGGACAGACGCCUCCGCCAUGAAGAUAACAGGGGCCGUUCUGCUCUUCGCUCUGGCACUUUGCUGCUUCUACUCGGAUGCUGCUGGCCAGGCUGGUACGGGUUUCUGCAGCGAGUACAAGGAGCCUCCAGAAGCCUGCACCAGGGAGUACUUCCCUAUCUGUGGCACUGAUGGCAACACAUAUGGAAACAAAUGUGAAUUUUGUUCAGCAGUCUAUAAAUACCUUGGAAGUCUUUGCUUUAAGCAUUAUGGAGAAUGCAAGUCGCACGAUGAGGCCAAGCAAAGAGAAGACCUUUAGCACUCAGUUCCCACUAGCAGAUCCC